AUGCCAUCCUUUUCCGCACAGUCCGCUAGUGAAGAAGUCUGCCAAGUCCUGGCGGACCACAUCAGAGGGAGCAAAGUCCUCAUUACCGGCGUCACACUUGGCAGUGUUGGCGGCGAGGCGGCUCUUCAGCUCUCCCGCCACGCGCCAGCUCUCCUGGUCCUGGCCGGUCGCAACCUGGAGACUCUUCAGGCCACCGAAAAUGCCAUCAAAGCCGAGACACCGGAUGCAAACACCCGACUGCUCAUUCUAGAUUUGAGCUCGCAAGAAAGCGUUCGCAGGGCAGCUGCGGAGGUGAAUAACUAUCCGGAGCGCAUUGACCAUCUUAUCAACAACGCAGGCAUCAUGGCGGCACCGUACUCGACCACGCCAGAGGGAGUGGAACUGCAGUUUGGAAUAAAUCACAUCGGCCACUUUCUAUUCACGAACCUGCUCUUGGAGAAGAUGGUGAGCAGAGAGUCCAAGGUUCGGGUCGUGAAUGUCAGUAGUGCCGGCCAUAAGCGGGGACCUGUGAGGUUCGAGGAUGUGAAUUUCGAGAACGGAAAAUGCUACGACAAGUGGCAGGCAUACGGCCAGAGUAAGACGGCUAACAUGCUCUUCUCGGUAUCACUGGCGGAGAAGGCUGGGGACAAAGGAGUGGAGUCAUUCAGUCUUUAUCCUGGCCGACGAGAGACUGGCAUCGGAAGACAUUUGAAGCCAGAAGAAUGGGUCAAGGCUGGGUGGAAACAUGAAAAUGGAAGUAUCAAUGAUGACCCUAAGCUGAACUGGAGAACGGCCAGCCAGGGAGCUGCCACCUUGAUUGUAGCGGCAUAUGAUCCUAGCAUCUCUGACAAAAACGGCUCGUAUAUGGUCAAUAAUCAAGUAAACAAUGACGAGGCGGUGGAAUAUGCUCUGGAUCCGAAAAAUGCAGAAAGGCUGUGGAAGCUAAGCGAGGAAAUCGUCGGCCAGAAGUUCGAAUACUGA